AUGGCAGAGUCGUCAGUUAAUGAAAAUGAUGAAACCUAUCUAAAGUCAUUAUGGAAGACUGUAACAGGUCAAGAAUUACAGCAAGAGCCUUCGAAAUUCACUAAUGAUGAAUUCUUCAACGUUUGUCUAGAAGCUUUGAAAAAUAAGUACCAACGUUCACGGAAAGAUAUCGAUUCGCAAAAUCAAGCUCUUUUAUCAGCCGAAAUAGAUUUAAAAACGGAAUUAAAUCAACUUCGCAACGAUACUUACCCAGGGUAUGACGAAAUAGAUGGAGGGAAUCUUUCUAAUGACAAAAGUCCUAUGCAACAUAAUAAAUUUAUAGAUGAUGUCUUACUAAGUGAAUAUCCAGAUAUUGAGAUCACCCAUAAUGACAUUCAUCGCGGAGACGAAGUUGAAAAUGUAGUGGAACAAAAAAUUAAAGACGAUUGGAUCGCUAUUGGUAUUUCUGGAGAUCAAAUCCCAGUUGAUAAAGUCAAGCAACUUUGUCAUAGUUGUAUUAACGUUCUUAAAAAAAGAUAUACCAUCAACAGGUCAAAGUUGAAAUUAUUCUAUAAUCAUAUUCAAACGAAAUUAGAAGAAAUUUUUAUUAGUAGCAAGGCAGCAACAGGACCAUAUUUAUCUGCAUCUAACGAUAAAUCUACUGCCAAGUUUCGGAAUUUUAUUACAGCAGUAGGAGAUGCAGUGAACUUGUUUCCUUUAGUUGGCCAUUUAUUGAAUACCGUAUCCCAUAAAACUGCCUUAAAGUUUACGCACUACUACUAUGAUCAAAUUAAAGGCCUGCCCAUUUCUAAUACAUGGACAAAUUCUAAUAAGGAAGAAUCAUAUUUAUCUCCGAUCUAUUUAGUUGCCGAUGCUAUUAUUAUUUUAUUAAUUGGCGUAUUAAAUGAACAGAUUAUAUCUAAAAUAGAAUUUGGCUACGUCCCUUUAGAAGAUAAGCUAUUUCGUGCAACAGUGCAAGAUACAAUGUUGCCUACAAGCCAUCUUAAAGAUUAUAUUGUAUUAAUUUCUCAGCGUAGCUAUGACAUCCCGUUUCGUGGACCUUUGGGUCUAUCAACGGAAAUGACUUGUAAAGUUGUCGAUUUUUUAUCUAAAGGAGGAAUAGUUGAUGAAGAUGGAUUUAUUUACGCCAAUGAUGCUACCGAUAGUAAAAAGUUUGGGUAUUAUAACGGUUCUCUAGAAAUUGCCAUGGCCAAAAAUAUGCCAUCAAUCAAUAUACAUCAACGGUUUACUUAUUACACAGGCUUGCAAGAUCUUCAUUGGUUAUUAAAGGAAGCAAUGGAUUUACCAGAAGAUUGGAUAAAAAAGACUAAAGAUAUUUCCAACGAUGAUCAAAACAAUGAUAGUAAUUCUGAAUUCUUAAAGGGUGCAAGUCAUGCCCCUGGCUGCGUAGAAUCAACAAACAGUUCCAUUUCAAAUAUCGGAAAUAGUAUUAGCGAAGCAGUACAUGAGAAAUUAAAUGAAUUGCACCGAAAAAUUGAUGACGUCAGCACCAGCAUCGAACUAAAUAACAAGCAAAAUCGGGAGAUAGAAAAAAAAUUAAAUCGUUUGCUAGAGCAUUUGCAACUCCCAGAGAUCUCUGAUGCUAGAUAA